AUGGCCGGUACGCGACGCCGCCGCCGCCUCCAGCGGCAGAGGGAGAAGAACCAGUUGGCCGCUGAGCAGUGGGCCGCCGCAGCUGCCCCGUUCCAACGCCUGCCGCCCGAGCUGCUGGCCGAGAUCCACCGCGCGUCGGGGCAAAACCUGCUGGAGACGCCGUGGCUCCUCCUCCCCGGACCCCAGGAGUACGAUGAGAAGGCCACGAUCCUGUCCCUGGCCAGCGGGAAAUCCGCGUCCGUGCGCACUUCGGACGUUGCCAUGCGUGGCCACGUCGCCAUCGGUUCCUCGGGCGGGUGGCUCGUGACGGUCGACGAGCGGGGCGCCCUGCGCAUGGCUAACCCGGUCACCGGGGCGCACGCCGACCUGUCGGCCACAUCGCCACCGUCCCGUUCCUCCACCCGGUUUCCGACGGCGGCUGAUCCGUUUCGGAGGCUUGCCGCCACCGCCGGAACACAAAGACUGGCCGAGGGCGAGGACGUCGACGUACAAGGCCGCCCAGAUGCGGCAGGUCUUCUACCUCAAGGUCGUCCUCUCCGCGUCGCCGCGCCCCGGCAGCUACGCCGCCAUGCUCAUCAUGGACCGGUCCAUCGGCGCCCCGGCCUUCGCGACGGCGGAGGACCCCGCGUGGAGGAUGGCGCCCUCCCUCGACGGCGUCGAGGACGCCAUACACCACAACGGCCGCUUCUUGUCCGUCACCUACACCGGCCACGUCGAGGCGUGGCAGCGCCACAUCGAAACCGGCGAGUUCACCAGCGAGGCGGUCGCGCCGAGGCUGGCUUACGAGGACAAACACCUGCGCCGCAGUACGUCGCCGUGUCAACGGACGGGCGGCUGAUGGUCGUGCUCAAACACUCUAGGGAUGAGGAAAACCCUAGCCGUCGGUACCGCUCCAACUCCAAGAACACACGCGUCUUCUUCAAGGUCCAGAUACUGGACCACGACAAAGGCCGGUGGGAGGAGGCGGCAGACAUUGGCGACGCCGCAAUCUUCGUCGGCGCUAAUGGAUCGCUGUGCCUGUCGACGAGGGAGCACCAGGGCAUCAUGCCCGGCUGCGUCUACUUCACUGACGACGAGGUCCGGGGUGCCUGCCUGCGCAUGCGUAGCGCCACCUCCGAGAACUCAUAUUCCGACGACACUGAGCUCAUAGACGAGCUCAGGGAAGUUGGCGUCUAUAGCCUAAAGGCCGGCAGGGUAGAGAAGAUAGGUGCGGUCGGCAAGCAUCGGCUAUGUCCGCCGCCAGUGUGGUUCACGCCUUCCUUCUUGUGA